AUGUCAAAAGCUAAAAAAGUAAAAUUGGAAGAUACUCAAGCAGAUGAAGUAGAAGUGACGGUAUUCACACCUGAUGAAGCGCCAGAUCACGUACAUAUUCGUCGUGAUCCUAUUUUUGAUGACGUAAAAGUAUUUCGUCAUAUGCAUCAUCGUUUGAUAAAAUCACCACGUCAAAAGCGUGAUGCUUAUAACUGGAAAGCAAAAGCUUCAUCAGUAACUGAAGCAUCUGAAAAAUUUCAAGGAAGGAAUGAAGAUAAAAAUAGUACACAGAAGGAAAAAAGUAGUGAUAUGAACCAAAAUGGCAGCAAUAAAACUGCUGUAGAACUGAUGGCGUCUUCAGAAAUUACGCUUUCCUCGCAACUCCGUCAGAGGGAAAUCUAA